GCGAUGGUCGCAAGAUGGCGGCGCUGAAGGAGGAUCGGAGCUACGGGCUGUCCUGCGGGCGGGUGAGCGACGGCAGCAAGGUGUCUGUGUUCCACGUGAAGCUUACCGACAGUGCCCUGAGAGCCUUCGAGAGCUACCGCUCCAGCCAGGAUUCUGUUUCGCUGAGACCGUCAAUCCAAUUUCAAGGAAGUCAAGGGCACAUCUCCAUCCCCCAGCCUGACUGCCCCACGGAGGCACGGACAUUCUCCUUCUACCUCUCCAACAUUGGCCGUGACAACCCCCAGGGCAGCUUCGACUGCAUCCAGCAAUAUGUCUCCAGCCACGGGGAUGUCCACCUGGACUGCCUGGGCAGCAUCCAGGACAAAGUCACAGUGUGUGCCACUGAUGAAUCCUACCAGAAGGCACGACAGAGCAUGGCACAGGCCGAGGAAGAGACACGCAGCCGUGGGGCCAUUGUCAUCAAAGCUGGAGGCCGCUACCUGGGCAAGAAGGUUCAGUUUCGGAAACCGGCCCCGGGGGCCACGGACGCCGUGCCCUCCCGGAAGCGGGCAACACCGAUCAACCUGGCGAGUGCUAUCAAGAAGAGCAGUGUUGGUGGCAUUAGUGGGGGUGGUGGGGUGUCUCAGAGGCCCUUCCGUGACCGAGUGCUGCACCUCCUGGCGCUGAGGCCCUAUCGGAAGGCUGAGCUGUUGCUCCGGCUACAGAAGGACGGCCUGGCUCAGGCCGACAAGGAUGCUCUGGACGGCCUCCUCCAGCAGGUGGCCAACGUGAAUGCCAAGGAUGGAACAUGCACGCUGAAGGACUGUGUAUAUAAGGACGUGCAGAAGGACUGGCCUGGCUACUCGGAGGGGGACCAGCAGCUGCUGAAGCGGAUGCUUGUCCGAAAGCUGUGCCAGCCGCAGAGUGCAGGCCCCCUCCCCGGAGACCCUGCUGCCUCCAGUCCUCCCAGGGAACACGGAAGCUCGGCCUCACCCCCUCAGAAACGACCACAGCCUCCUGAUUUCAUCGACCCCCUGGCCAACAAGAAGCCCAGGAUAUCACAUUUCACCCAGAGAGCUCAGCCUGCCGUCAAUGGGAAGCUGAGUGCACCCCAUGGCCGCGAGGCCCUGUUGCCCACCCCGGGCCCGCUGGCUGGCACAGAUGCCCACCUGCCCCCGCGGUUGGAGCCCCCGCGGGCCCAUGACCCUUUGGCUGACGUCAGCAAUGACCUGGGCCACAGUGGCCGGGACUGUGAUCACAGGGACGUGGCUGCCCCAGCCCCGACUACACGACUCGGCCUGCCCCUGCUGACGGACUGUGCCCAGCCCAGCAGGUCCCACGGUGGCUCAUCACGCAGCAAAUCCAAGAAGAAGUCCAAGAAGCACAAAGACAAGGAGAGGGCAGCUGAGGACAGGCACCGGGCCCAGUUGCCAGACCACAUGCCCAGCCCCCUUGGAGCCCCACCAGAUGCCCCGGGUGUAAAUGGCACCUGCAACAGCUCGAGCGUUCCCACAUCCACCUCAGAGACCCCCGACUACUUGCUGAAAUAUGCCACCAUUUCAUCCUCGGAGCAGCGCCAGAGCUACAAGAACGACUUUAACGCCGAGUACAGCGAGUACCGCGACCUGCAUGCGCGCAUCGAGCAGAUCACGCGGCGCUUCACGCAGCUGGACGCCCAGCUCCGGCAGCUGUCCCAGGGCUCUGAGGAGUACGAGACUACUCGUGGGCAGAUUUUGCAGGAAUAUCGAAAAAUCAAAAAGACCAACACCAACUACAGCCAGGAGAAGCACCGCUGCGAGUACCUGCACAGCAAGCUGGCACACAUCAAGAGGCUCAUUGCCGAGUACGACCAGCGGCAGCUGCAGGCCUGGCCGUAGCCUGAGGCCGCGGCCCGGGGUCCAGGCCAGCUCCCCAAGCCACCGGGCCAACCCUCCUGGAUGGUGGGGGAGUGGGGGGGGUGGGGGGGGCGGGGGAGCUCCAGAGCGGGAAAAAAGAGAUUUAUUUAAACAAAUAAACACGAGGAAGACACGUUCAUCUGAGCCAGCAACGCCGGCUUUCGGGGGAGCCCCUGCAGGCCCGGUGCUCCCGGGUCACAGAUCCAGGUUGCGGGGAGGCCGGCGUCUCCUCCCACUCCCCCGCCCCCCCCCACGUCUCCUGAGGAGCCCCCACCUCUUCUCUGGCCCACAGCGCGCGGGGCUUGAGCUUCCCCCUCAACGAAAGACUCCAAGGCCAGCCUGCCUGCCUUUUCUAGUUUUAUACAAAGACAGCCACUUUCAGCUACUGCUUAUGAGACUUCAGUCUAUUUUUGUAUGAGAGAGAAAGCAUCUUUUCUAAACCUGUGCCUCCCCUCCUUGGACACCAGGGGCUAGAUGCCGCCGUGUCCUUCCUGCAGUAUUACAGACGCCAUCUGAAAGUUCAGAGUUGCUCUGAGGGCCGAGGAGGGAGCCGAGGAGGGGGCGGCGGGCGGGGGGUGCAGCUGCGCCCACGCCUGGCUUUGCUCCCACCCCAGGCCCUCCCUACGGCUCUGAGCCUCUCCCAGCCCAGGCAAGGACUGGGUCUCUGCUCCGAGGGGGUAGCGGCCCGCCCAGGUCUAUUUCGAGAGCUCCAGCUGGCCCAGAGCAGCUGCUGAGAGCCGGAGGGGCAGAGCGCUCUGGCCCACCAGGCCUGCCCUGCUAUUUCAGGCCCUCAGCUGUAGGGGGUCACUGGGGGUUUUCUGUGCUACGAGCUCACACUGCAACAGCAGUGUCGGCUUUUGUUUUAUUAUGUUCUCAAUUUCCCCCUUUGCUGCUGCUUUUCUUUUCACGCCGAGACCGUGUGGUCUCCAUGCUGUUGACCUCACUCCAUCCCUCAGUCCACUUGUGGGUCUUGGGGUCAUCCUAGCAGAGCCACCACAGGGUUUGCACUCAGGGAGGGGCUGGGGCAGGGGUGGAGGGGGUCAGGGGACCCCCUGAGAGUGAGUUCAGAAAAGGUGCCCUGUCCACCCACUCUGGGGGGCGUGGCAUCCAUGGACGCCAUGAUUGCUGCUUAGUAGCUGUGCCUAGUCUAGUGUCCCCCAGUGUCGGGGGGGCCACGUGUAUGUGUGUGUAUGUGUGGUGGGGGGACCGCCAGGGUGCAGUGGGGACUGAGGCAUGUGUUCACAUUCAGGGCCACAUUCAGCGAAGCCACAACCAGGGGAGGCAGAGGGAGAGGCUGCAGCCUGGAGCCUGGGGGUCAUGCACUGGGAGGUUGGGGGUGCGGCCGCCAACAGUAGUGAGGCAGGGAGUGCAGAAGCUCUCACGCAGUUUCUAAGCCAUGGGGACAGCUCCUAAUGGGGUCCCAAAGAGCAGGCAGGCACCCUCUCCGAGGCACCGGCGUGUGCCUGCCCCACCCCACGAGGCUCCUGCUUUGGGACCCCUGGGAUGCCCCAGCACCGAGGGAACUGACCCUUCAUGUUUCAAUAGCUGUUGUUUUGUUUUUCAUUUGGGAUGGAGUGGGGCAAGGGUUGAGCAGACCCCAGGGACCCCCCGAGUUCUGCAGACAGUUGCGUUGGAUGCGUAGCCUGUUCUCGGCCGGACACACAGACCCGGGUGGAAAGGGAUUAUUUAAGGAGGCUGCAGCCCGGAGGACUGACCCGGCCCUCUGCCCUGGGAACCAGUUCAAGGGACUCUCAGUUGAAUUUCCUUUUUGUUGUUGGCUUUUUGUUGUUUUUUGUUGUUGUUUUUCUCCUUUUAAGGAAUUAUGAAGCUAAGAAAAGUUUUGCGCUUUGGGGGUUGAUGGACAAGAGUUCUAGCCGAUUAAAUAUGGUCUAACUUAUUGAUACUGUGUUUUGCACCCCCUUUUAAUAUUGUACUGUGGAGAAAAACUAUUUUGAGCCAUGGAGUUGGUGUUUACAAGAACUUUUCACUUUUGCCAAAAUGUUAUGAUUGAAAGAAAGGCAUCCGCGUCUUCAGUUUCCUAAUAUUUUCUUAAAAGAUAUAGUGUCCUUUUUGUACACUAAACAGGUGAAUGCUGAUUUUUUUCAACCUACAAUAAAUUUCACUGAACCGAA